AUGGCUUCUUCUUCUAACCCCGUGAGCCACUUGGGCCGGGCUAAAGAAAAGCUUCCAAUUGGUGCCAGGCAUAGUCGCAGUCGGUUUAGAUCUGCUUCUCGUGGCAAUUCUUCUACCCAACCUGGUGCUAAGAACCGAAAUGACUCGAAAACUGCUCCUGCUAAGUCGUGGGUUAAUGUAGCUAAGUUAUCUGCUAGGGGAUACGAUCUUGAGUAUGUUCCCCCAACUUCGAUUGGGAAGAAAGCUAUUGUGCAUUUGACAGAAGAUGUAAUACAUGCUGCCGAUCCUAAAUGGUAUAAUUGUUUGGUGGGGUAUUAUGUUGGAAAAAGUAUAUCUUACAAGACAACUGAAUCUGUAUUGAGGGAGACUUGGGGGACUCAUCUUACAGAAAUGUUAGCAAAUGAUGAAGGGUUCUUUUUCUUCAUUAUUCCUGAUCAUGAAUACCGGCAGAAAAUAUUGGAGGGAGGCCCUUUGACUGUGGCUAGAGUUCCACUUGUUCUUAAACAAUGGCACCCUACCUUGGAGCUGAAAAAGGAACUUCAAUCUUCUAUACCUGUUUGGAUUCGUAUGAAGAACAUUCCCUUUGCUUACUGGGUGUGCGUGGAAAUAUCGGCAAAACUCGAAAGAUGCGAAUCGGUGGAAGUGUUCUUGGAUGAAGAAUCAUUCACCGUCCCUAUCUUUUAUGAAUGGCGACCAAACUCUUGUCCCAAGUGCUGUGUAUUCGGCCACAACUGUUUAGAGAAUGAAACUUCGAAUGUCACUGGAGAUGGCCCUGGUGCCACCACUGCUGCAGAGCAUCCUUCUACGUCUCAUUUGAGCCCUCCAAUUCAACCCCCGAAUGCAGUCCCUGGCGGCCAAAAUGGAUGGAAGUAG